CACUUUUGAGCUAGCUAUAUAGCUAGAGCUAGUUCUACAUUGACUACGUACGUAUACCAGGGACGUGUUGCUAUGUCGGUAGCAGUGGGGCUAGUCACUAGUGGAAGCAGGGGCAACCGGCUUGUUUUUUAUCACAGAGGAGGCACUGUGACGACACAUGAGGAUGUUGCAAGUGUUCUACCUCCCACCACUCUAGCUGAGAUCUUAGCUCCUAGCUCACUUAUGGUUGACAGGAAGUUUGAGCUCAGUGUUGAUCAAUGGAGAUUUGUGGGGCAUCCAUUCUCCGUAUACAAUGGAACGUUUUCAAUUACUUUUAAUGUAGUAUUCGUAUUAGAGUCACAUUGCUCUGAAAAAUUGAUUGAAGCUUACGACCAUCUUUCACACCUGAUCGGGUCAGCAAUUGUUCAUGAGGAAAAAAAGUGUGAUUUCUUGUGUCAAGAGGUCAAUUUGCUAAUGCAGCUUCUUGAGGAAGCAGACAUUCCAGACCCUUCAGCAAGUCACCUUUUGGACAGGAGCUCUUUAGCUAAAAGUCUCAGUUCAAUACUUCUAUGCUUCAUCCAACGGAAUCCAACGUGUAUCUUGCUGUACUUAAAUAUGAUUAGCUGUCACAGUGCUGCUCGUGUAUAUAGUUUGCAAAGAGGUGAGAGGCACAUACAGGUGAAGAUUAAUGGCUGGUCUGAUGUGAAUAUGUUCAUCAAAUUUGAUAGCUCCAAAAUGCAGGAGGCUGAAUAUGACUUAUCUGAUCAAGUAUUCUUUGUAAGAUCAUAUUCGGCACUUCUUCUGUUUGAGAGCCCUGACAAUGUCCUCACAUCCCUGCCUCCUUCUUCCAACCCCGCCAUGCAGAGACUACUUAGUGUUGUUUCUCCACUAAAAAAUCUUCAAGCAGUGUCUUUAGAUGCGGACAUUCCUCUAGUGCUGGUGUUACGUCUUGCCUCCCACUUGGUCCAUUGGAGGAAAGCCAUGGCCAUUUAUCCACUGUCAGAAAACAAUGUAUAUAUCACCAGUCCUAUGGCAGAUACUAGAUUGAACUCUGAGCUGUCUUCCCAGUUCAGCGAUAGAUUUCAUGACCAGUGUCUGGCCGACAUACUCUCAAACUUCUCCCUCCCUGUACCUCUAGGGGAUAUUAAGGACAUCAUUGACGAUGAGACAAUUGUGAUCUGGCUGCUGCAGCAUAAACAGAUAGUACAGCUACACACGUAUGUGUACAUUGUGCCCAAUGAAGCUGAACCCCCAAAAAUCAAUGGAAAUUCACCAAAAAAAGGAGAUGCAUUGAAGCAGUCAGAGCUGCUUAGCCAUUUAACUCCCGUAGAGAAGAACUGUGUCCUCCAGACCACAGCUGCUAGCAACAGUGAUGACUUGGAGGAGUUUGCUAGGCUGUCACAGUACUUCCACGGAAACCACCACCUUGAGGGGAUCAUGCUGAUGGAGAAUAUUCCACGAUCCCAAUUGUUGACUCUCAUAGACAAGUUCAGUGAAAUACUAGUGACUUGCACUCUACCAGAACAUUCUAUACCAUCUAUAUGACUGAUGUCAUGUGUAUGGGUAUUGACUUGACAUUCUAAUCAAUUUUCUUAUAAUUAAUUGUGUCAUGUGAACAACCAAC